GCUGUGAGAUUCCAGGAUUAUCCCUUAAGCAAGAUCCAGAAUAUGUACAAGGAGGAUUUCAGGAACAUGACUGAAGAGAAUAGGAACAGCAGUGACUCUUCCUGUGCCUUUACUCACUCCAACACCGUGACUGCCAUACUGAUUACUGCCUACUCAGUUGCCUUUGCUGGAGGUGGGAUUGGGUCCCUCACAAUGUCAUUUGUGCUGGUCAAGAUGAACACUCUGUCUGUGACUACUACAGCCAUCAUUAACCUGGUUGUUGUGCAUGGCCUCCUUCUCUUCACGGUGCCCUUCCGCCUCCACUAUUAUGUCAACAAGAAGUGGGUAUUCAAGAUGCCGUUUUGCAAAAUGGUGAGUGCAAUGGUGCACAUCCACAUGUACCUGACCUUCUUGUUCUACGUGAUCACGCUGGUGAUCCGGUGGCUCAUUUUCUUCCAAUGGAAGGACAAGGUGGAGUUUUACAGGAAGCUGCACGCCAUUGCAGCAAGUGCUGCUGUGUGGGUUUUCGUCAUAGUCUUUGUGGUGCCAGUCUUGUCCUUAGAGUAUGGACGCUCUGGCUCGUACAAUGAUACAACGUGCUUUAAGUUCCACAAAGAACUACAGCAGGAGAGCGUGAAAGCCCUGAACUACACCAUAAUUGCAGCUGUUGCCUGCGUUACUUGUGUCCUCUUGAGCCUGCAGAUUUUCAUUCUGGUAAAAGUGGCGAGAAAACUUGCCACCUCCCUCUGGUCACAUCAAGAGUUCUGGGCCCAAGUGAAAAACUUGAUUUUCAUCUGCGUCAUCAUAAUUUGCUUCCUUCCCUAUCACCUCUUUAGGGUCUACUACAUACACCACGUGACUGAUUCUGAGCAGUUAGAAAGUUACAAUGAAGUUUUUUUGAGUCUGACUACCCUCAGCUGUCUGGACCUGCUGUCAUUCGUGCUGAGUGGAAGUCGUCUCUUCAAGCAAAAGGUGGGCAUGCUCCGCAGCAGGUUGUCUUGCUGCUAG